AUGCUCUCACGUGUUGCUGCAGUGAAGGCACCCCGCACAGACAACCGUCGCCGCGUGACCGGAUCCAGCGGAGGGAGGAGGGAAGGAAGAGAGAGUGAGCCGCAGAGGCCCCACAUUUUCCGGGAUGUGUUUGCUUUCGCGGUGCUGCUCCUCCUCAUCGUGAUGAUGUGCUGCGGCACCUAUGGAGCUGCGGCCGCUGGAGGGAAUAAUGGGAAGAGUGAUUUGAGGAAUAUUUAUAAGCUGCAGGGAGUCGAUCUAUUUGUGUCGCGGAAGACGCUGGUGCUGCCAAAAGAGGGGAACAAUUCAGGUACGCCGAGGGAUUCAUUUGUUUCACCCUCUCUUGUCAGUGCUGGUGGAGUAAUUGCUGCUUUUGCCGAAGGUCACGUGAAGGCCAAAAAUACCGCUGAUGCUCAAUCAAUUACGCACUUUUACUCUGAUGUUGUUGCAGGGUACAUUGACUCUGCGUGGAACUGGACCACUCUUGUUGACAACAUCAAUAAAAGUACAUGGGGGGCACACAUCGUGCUUACUGCAGCGGAUGGACAAAAACGUUUGAAUGUUAUGCUUAACCCCACAACGAUUGCAAAGGGAGACAAGGUGUUUCUUCUUUCGGAAGGCUCUCUUUGGUUCAAUUUAAGCGAAAACAAUUUUUGGGACAGAUUUGAUCUUAAACUGGUUGUGGGUACUGUCACUAAUUCUACGCGCGGAAUGCCGAGUAAACGGAUUAGCUGGGACAACCCCAAAUCGCUGUCAGUCCUGAAUACCUCUGCUGCUUCUUACGAAAGUAAAUUUGAGAGGGUUUUUCCUUCUGGUGGCUCAGGUGUUCUAAUGGACAAUGGCGCGCUCGUGUUUCCCGUGAUUGCGUUUGAUGAAAAAGAUGACGUUUUCUCCAUGAUUAUUUAUUCGAUGGACGACGGCGCAAACUGGACGCUUUCGAAUGGAACGUCACCUGCGAAAUGCGAGACUCCCCGCGUCACCGAAUGGGAGGGAUCACUUCUCAUGAUUGUUGAUUGCGAGAACGACCAGAGUGUGUUCGAGUCGCGUGACAUGGGGACAACGUGGACGGCAGCACUUGGGACACUCCCAGGCGCGUGGACCAAGUCAAAAUCGAAAGCCAUUUUGGAUCGAAGCUUUUAUGUGGAAGCCCUCAUCACUGCGACCAUUGGGGGCAGGAGGGUCAUGCUGUACACGCAGCGAGGAGAAUUCUCGGGAAAUGAAACGGAAAGAGCGCUCUACCUUUGGGUCAAGGACAACAUCCGCUCUUUUUGUGUUGGACCGGUUGCCAUGAAGGAUGGUAUGAACUGGUUGUUCACCAGCAGCCUGCUGUACUCGGAUGGUAAUUUGCAUCUUUUACAACAGAGGGAAAACGAUAAAGGCAGUGCCAUUUCACUUUCUCGCCUGACGGAGGAGCUGAGUGCAAUCAAGUCCGUCCUCAGUACUUGGGCGCAAAAGGACGCCUUCUUCUCCAAAUUGACCAUACCCACGGCGGGUCUGGUGGCAGUUUUGUCCAAUGCAUUGUCCGGUGGUGACACAUGGAUCGACGAGUAUCUUUGCCUGAAUGCGACGGUGACGAACGCCACGAAGGUCAGAUAUGGAUUUCAGUUGACGGAGCCUAGCUCCAGGGUAUCAUGGUCCGUGAACACUCGGGCUAAUAAUGUGCGUCAUGUAUCCUUGAGCCACAACUUCACACUCGUGGCGUCGGUGACCAUCGAAGAGACUCCGAGUGGGAACACUCCUCUACUGACUGCGACGUUGGCGGACACUGCGUCCAAUCAUACCAUGGGAUUGUCGUAUGCGGCGAAUAAGACGUGGGGGACGGGGCUCAAAGGAAAGAAAACAACACAGAACGGCAGUUGGGAGCCGAAGAAGGGAUACCAAGUGGCACUCAUGCUGCAAGGCAAAAAGGCCUCUGUGUACAUUGAUGGUAAGUUGCUGGGGCAGGAAGAAGUGCCGUUAACGGGUGAGGCGCCACUUGAGCUUGUACGCUUUUGCUUUGGCGCGUGCGGUGAGGAUGCCGGCCAGAAACCUAAGGUGACGGUGAAGAACGUCUUUCUGUACAACCGCCCACUGAAUUCCACUGAGAUGGCUGCAAUCAAGGACAGGGCCCACACAUCGAAUGGCCCAGGGGAAGCACUGGCGGGGUGGGCAGCUUUGGAGGGAGCUGCCGCCAGAGAACAUGCGGCUGUGGUGGGCUUGACAUCUGCUGGAAUUGCACUGCUGCCGCUGCUUCUUCUGCUGGGGCUGUGGGGCUUUGCGUCUGCGUGA